AGUACAAAACUGAAAAAAGUAAAAUAUUAGCAGAACUUCCUAAAAAAAAGAGAGAGUAAAGGCAAGUAGUAUAAACAAGCAAGAGGAAGAGUCGCAUAUUGAGAAGUAGAUUUGGUUUCCGGUUCUUUGAAGAAAAACAAUGGCUUGGGACUUGUUCUUAUGGAUUCUCUCCUUCUUCGUCAGCUUAGCCCUCGUCGCUUCCGUCUUCUAUCAGGUUAUAUGUUUAACGGAUUUAGAAGCGGAUUACUUGAACCCUUUUGAAACAUCAACCCGUAUCAACCGAUUGAUACUACCUGAGUUUAUCCUCCAAGGCUCACUCUGUGUUCUCUUCCUCCUCACAUGGCAUUGGGUCUUUUUCCUCGUGGCUCUCCCUGUAACAUGCUAUCACGCUAUGCUAUACAAAGAGCGACGACAUCUCAUUGAUGUCACUGAAGUGUUCCGUGGUAUUAGCUUUGAAAAGAAGCUCCGUUUCACCAAGCUCGGGUUCUACAUCUUUCUCUUCAUCAUGGUUGUCUUUAGGCUCACUCUCUCAGCGGUCUAUAGCUUCACAGAGGAUGAUGAUCUACUUCACUUGUUUUGAUGUAUCUCUAUUUGUUUUCUUAGUGUGUGAUAGACUUUUAUGACAGCUGGUUCUACAUCCCUUCUUAGUAUUAGUGAAAUUAGGGAUUUAAUCUAAA